AUGGCACCUAUACACAGUGCUGGCUGCCACGAUGGCCUUGCUGCGUACACGCCGAGCACUUGCGCUUGUACCCCAAAAUACCCUCUUAGCGUCCCCUCUUCUCUAUCGCUUGCUUUUUCUCUUUCGUCGAAGAUGGCUUUCAGUUGCUCUUUUUUCUUUUGUGCCGCCAGCUUUGCUCGAACGGGACCCCCACGUCAGAGGAGGCAGAACACUUGCUUGCCCUUCCCCAUCCAAGACAUCCCCGCUGCCGCUUGUCCGGCUGACAUUCGUCGCCGUCCCACUAUGGCCAACCUCGCAAUGCCUUACCACACCUCAGCAGAACACAUAGAGGAUUACUCCGGGAGCUACAGCCCCGGGCAGGCAAUGCAGUCAUCAUAUGACAGAUACUACGACGACGACGACUCGUCCGUCACCGAUUCCAACUACACCACAUCCACCGCAACCUCAAUGCGAUCAUCCACGAACCUCACGGUCCCAACCCACGGUCCUGACCACCCAACUUGGAUGCAACAGUUCGGCCACGGGCCUCAAGUCGACCUUGACCCCGAUGCCCACGAACUAUGGUGCGAGUUCUGCGGCAGCCUAAACUGCGGCGAAGUAUUUCAAUUCGGCGAAGAAAACCUCUGGAUCGACCACCACCUCCGGCACCUUAACCACCACCUGCCCAGCAAGCUGGUCUGCUGGUUCUGCAACGACUACGACUUCACCGUCCACGAGCGCGCCAACCGAGACGAGCGCCGGCAGAACUUCGUCCGGCGCAUGUGGCACAUCCGCGAGCAUAUCUUCGACAAUCCCCGCCUGACUUGGCAGUGCAUGCGUCCGGAUUUUUUCAUGGCCGAGCACUUGUACAGCCUUGGCAAGAUCGGAGAUGAGGUGUACGAGGAUAUCAGGAAUUAUACGGAGCUGCCGCCUCAGUUGAGGAUCCCUGGUACGCCGGGGUCGGUGUCGUAUGAUAGGUACCAAAGCCAAGGCCAGAGUCAAAGGGGACCACUUGGUCCGCCGACCCCGCCGGGGAAUGAUGGCUGGUAUCGAUCGCCACAGGAACUAGCACAUGAAGAGCGCAGGAGACGCAGGGCGGAACGGCCCCGUCGAUGA